GGGACUCGGACUAUAAGUGGAGAAUGAGAACUAACUACCUAGCCACAAUAACUAAUCGAUGAUUACUUCACUCAGAUGUGGCUCAGCAUUCUUUUUUCCCAGGCCCACUGCCACAACUGCCACACUGCACCCAGCAUCUUCAAGGUCGUAUCACGUUAAGCAGUAAUUUCUAUGGUCCAAAGCUUCAAGCUACGGUACCACCAAGAGAAGAGCUGCCCAACCUUACAGCCGCAACCAAAGCUGAAUGCUUCGCUUCCUUCGGCCACAGUUAUAAUCGGUUGCACAUUGAACAACGUCGAACCAUCGACAUCCUUAUUACAAGCUAGCGCAAAGCUUCAUAUCCAACCGCUUUGCAACCCGUCAAGAUGUCGAACCUCGGGAGUUAUAUCAAUAAAAAGGUGCUGAUAAUCACGGCCGACUCGCGAACCUUGGUGGGAAACCUGUUAAGUUGCGACCAGAUGACCAACUUGGUUCUGGCACAGGCAGUCGAACGCGUUAUUCGAACAACCGAUGACCCGGAGCCCUCGACGGAAGUCCCACUUGGCCUGUACCUUGUGCGAGGCGACAACGUUUGCGUGGUAGGCCUGGUGGACGAGCCGCUCGACGAGAGCAUCAACUGGCAAGAGGUGAAGGGUUCGGCAAUUGGAGGAAUAAAGCACGUAUAAACAAACGACUGGGAUCCCAAUGGACAGCUAGGUCUAGAAAAUUAAUUGAGGGUUGGUACAAACGGCGUUUGAGGGCGUGGGUGGGAUAUUAUUUGCAUUUGCAUAAAGGGGAGAAAAUAUCCCAAAGGCUUUCUUC